GCAGAGGAGGUGAAGGCCGAGAAGGAGCCCAAACCAGAGCCUCGUGCCAACGGGCGCCGCGACGACAAGGCCGAGAAGCCGCGCUUCAUGUUCAACAUCGCCGAUGGGGGCUUCACGGAGCUGCACACGCUGUGGCAGAACGAGGAGCGAGCGGCCAUCUCCUCGGGGAAGCUCAAUGAGAUCUGGCACCGGCGCCACGACUAUUGGCUGCUGGCCGGCAUCGUGCUCCACGGCUACGCGCGCUGGACCGACAUCCAGAACGACGGCGCCUUCGGGGUCAUCAACGAACCCUUCAAGGGCGAAGCCUCCAAAGGGAACUUCCUGGAGAUGAAGAACAAGUUCCUGGCGCGGCGCUUCAAGCUCCUGGAGCAAGCGCUGGUGAUC